GAGUCCAUCUUGAAAUAGAUAUCUGAGUGUGGGAUGUUCCUUAUCUUUCCCACAAUUGGAUAAUAUCAUAACACUCUUUCAUGAUUCUUGUGGGGUUGUGGGCCUUCUUGGCCUGAUUGUCCCAACUGCCACUUGAACCCCACCACUCCACAUGCACUCACACCCAUUCCCCAUUCCCCAUUCCCUCCCUAUUUAUCACCCAUGUAUUCCCAUUUCACUGGAGGAAAAAAAAGAGAGAGAAAGUGAACAACUAAAGAGUCCAAGUAACCAUGGAAGUGACUAUGGAAGCAGAGGAUGGCUUGUUUUUUGCUGACUUAAGCAAGCAAAUAUCUCUUCUCAUCAUGGAUGAUGAUGAUGAUGAGGACCCAGUUGCAAGAUGUUCUUCAGUUUCUUUCCAGGCUUUCUCCAGAGCAAAUUAUGCAGCAACAGCAUCUCCAAUCUUUCAAGAGCAAACAUUAUUAUACAGAAGAGAAAGCAAAGGAACUGGGGUUUUUAUUCCUCAAUCAUUGCAUCCAAGAAGGAAGCAAAAUAGGCAAGGAAGAUUCAGUUCCCUCAACUCAUCAAAAUCUCAAAAGCAGCAGCUGCAACUUGACAAUAAUACUAGAUUUGUUUCUCAAGCAUCAUACAACAACAACAAUUCUUUUCACCUCAAGAAAGGCUUGAAUUAAUUCAUUAAGAUCCUUAUUAUUAUGACAUAAUUGUUCAAUAUAGUUUGCAGUAUUGAUUCCUUUAACACAAAAGCAAAGAUACAUACAUAUAGAAUUCUAUGAUUCAUAUACAAAUCUGAACAUGUAUAGUGACUUUGUUAUUUGGCGUCUUAAGGAGAGGUUCACCGGUGGUAUGUUACUUGUCUAAGAGAUUGAAUUAGGCUCUGUUUGGAGAUCCGCAUAAGAUAGUGUCGGUGUUUGGAUUUCUUAUGUAUAAGGAUGUAUAGUACUAUAGGAAUUACACUAUCUUAGUUAAAUAAAAUUAUACCCAAAUUCUUGGUGGUA